GGAAAAGAGCACGGUCCCUUAACAUCAAGUGCACCGUAUAUAUUCUUCCCUACCGAAACAAAUGCACAACCGCAUUCUUUAACACAAGGAUGUCGUCACACCCUCCCCCAAAGCCCUGGGAACGGCGGAUGUCUAGUAAUAUCCCCAGUUUUCAAUCAUCUGAUUUGGGCAGUAGUCUUCCCACAAGGUCUGUGCAGCCUGUUGUUUCAAGAAUCCCUCCACCUGUACCUACAAGACCUUCCCAACAGUCAGGAGGAAGCAGUAUCACUAGGUACAGACCAGCUUACAACUCAUUUUCUGCAGCCUACAGUCCAUAUGGAAGUUCCUUUUAUGGCAGCUGUAGUCCUUAUGGCUAUGGGUAUGGUGGACUUGGAUACAAUCGCUUCAGGACAGAUGACAUUCCACCAAGUAGGUUUGUGCGUCAAGCUGAAGAGAGCAGUAGAGGAGCAUUUGAGUCAGUAGAGAGUAUUGUCCACGCAUUUGCCUCAGUCAGCAUGAUGAUGGAUGCCACAUUUUCUGCCGUUUAUAAUAGUUUCCGGGCUGUUUUAGAUGUGGCUAACCAUUUCUCUAGACUCAAAAUACAUUUUACUAAGGUUUUCUCAGCUUUUGCAUUGGUCAGAACUCUUAGGUACCUUUACAUACGAUUGCAAAGGCUGCUAGGCUUACGGAAAAAAUCAGAGACCGAAGAUCUAUGGGCAGAGAGCAUGGGAGCCGUUACAUCUGCCAAUACAGAAGACAGGGCCUCUAGCUCUGGCAAAUCUUGGCCAAUUUUCAUGUUUUUUGCUGUUGUCCUUGGUGGACCUUACCUUAUCUGGAAGCUGCUGUGUUCAGAAAAUGAAUCUGAAAGUAACGCCUCAACAAGUUGGGCCAGUGGAGAAGAUGAUCAUGUUGUUGGACGAGCAGACUAUGACUUCUGUGCUGCAUCUGAUGAAGAAAUCUCCUUCUGCACUGGUGAUGUUCUUAACUUGGCUCCCAAAGAGCAACAGCCCAAAAUAAGAGGUUGGCUUUUGGCAAGUCUAAAUGAGCAAAUAGGACUUGUUCCCGCUAACUAUAUUAAAAUAUUGGGAAAAAGAAAAGGCAGGCGGCAUAUGGAUUUAGAAAAGAUUGCUGAGCAGGAGCACAUAUUUAUGACUGGCCCUCCAAGCACAGAAGCAAAAGCUGCAGUAAAUGCAACAGAGAAGCAGGAGGAAGCCUUUGAGUCUGCUUUCACUGGAGCUAUUAAACGUUGAAAAAUGCUCUAAAAAUGAGACUUGAGAGCAAAUUGCAAUAAAAAUUAUAUUUGUUGAUUUCA